AUGUUUUGCAUUGCAGAUCAAAACCGCCAGUUGCAAGAGCGCCUGGAGGUGGCGGAGCGGAAGCUGCAGCAGACCCCGAGGAAGGCCAAGAUGCUGCCCGAGGAGGAAGCCGAGCCGGCCCAGAGGGUGGCCACCCUCUGCAAGGCCGAGCAGAGGCGUGGCAACAUCGAGGAAAGGCUGCGCCAGAUGGAGGCCCAGCUGGAGGAAAAGAACCAAGAACUGCAGCGGGUAAGGCAGAGAGAAAAAAUGAAUGAAGAGACUAAUAAAUGUCUGUCGGGCACUAUUGACCAGCUCCUUUCCGAAUCUGACGAGCGUCUUCAGCGUCAUCUUAAGGAGAGAAUGGCUGCUGUGGAAGAUAAGGUAGGACAUGAGAGACAGCGGCUGAGUGCCCCCGUCCUCACAGAGGAGACGCUCACGUUGUGAUCCUGAGGAGCAGCGUGGAGCAGAGGCUA